CUACACUUCCGUUUUGAGUGUGACCAACUUUGAAACUUGACUUUGUGUUAGCCACAUCUCCCCGUAGUGUUCAACGCCUCGAAAUUUUCAGGUCAACAACCUUCAGUCUGAAUACAGGGUGUGAUUUAAAGAACCAGGGUUGCCACUGUAGCGAUCCUAUCGUUAUAUUACAGACACUGUCUCUCAACCGUCAGGUGGACUCCGGUUCUUUAUAUCUUAAAGCUAGCUAACGGUCGCGUUAGCAAAACAGCUCCAGGGAUGGCGGAGGUUCCCGGGACUUCAAGUGAGACGAUAACGGAGACUGUUCAGACUAGCACACCGCCACCGCCCCAGCAGGAGGGACGCAGCCUGACCAUCAAGCUGAGGAAGAGGAAGACGGAGAAGAAGGUGGAGUGGUCCAGUGACACGGUCGAUAACGAGCACCUAGGAAGAAGGUCUUCAAAAUGCUGCUGUAUCUACGAGAAGCCGCGGCAGUUUGGAGAGUCGUCCUCUGAAAGCGACGGAGACGAUGACGAUGAAGGCUGCGGCAGUGCUCACUGCAUCCUGGGCCACGGCAGGAGGGGUCCUGGACAGGGGGGGGGUGGGGGGACCACGAGGCCCCCAAACUCUGGAGGGCCACACACACACUAGCGUGGCUCAGCACGACAGUGACACAUUACAGCGCUGCACUCUUGUUUAGCUUAGCUCCAUCACUGAAGCCCAGGUAGGCCUGAUGCUGCCAGACACUCUGCUGGAGCCGGGGCUGCUGCUCUGGAAACACAGAGCAACAGGGAUUACUGAAUUAGUCACAUUGAAAAUCCUGCUCUCCUUUCAACAGCUAAAAGCAUGCUCAGUAUUGUGCCAACUGACAUACAUAACUUGGAAUGAAAGCUACAAGUUGACAUUUAAAAUUUCUUUUAAAGAAGUAGUGCUUUUAAAGCACCAAAAGGAGACAUGCUGUAAUAAUAGAAUGUUGGAGGCCAUAGCGGUCUUUUUUUGUGUGUUUCAGCUCUUUUACGACAGACCACACAUUGCAUCACUGCUGAGCAUUUCCAAAGCAUGGAGCAGAAUGGUGGGAUUAAAACACUUUGCUACUUGUCAGGCAGCCGUUGGUUUCCAUUUAUUUCACUACGCUGUUCAAUAAACUCUGAGGAUUGAGAUCCCUCACAGUGAACAUCACGUUUGCUUUGACUUUUGCCAGAGUUGUUAUGCAGAAAUGCAAUUAAGGUCACAACUGACUGAAUUAGUUUCGUCAUCACUUAAUCUGCUGAAUAUUUUCUCAGUUAAUGGAGUAGUCAACGUCAGCAGACAGAACAGUGUCCAUGUCACUAUCCAGGACCAACGGAAGCAUCCGAUCCUCACACAGCCGAGGCUAGAACCAGCGAGCGUUUGGCAUUCUUACUUCAGAAUGACAAAAGACUAGCAGUACUCAAUUAUCAUAGUUGCAGAUUGAUGACACACAUUGACAAAUCUGUUCUGCUCUGAUAAUUGAUUUGUUUUCAAUUCAUUUAUCAAUCGUUUAAUCUUCAGAAUGUCAAAAAAAGAAAAAACACAAGCUAUGAGGCGACAUCUGAAAAUAGCUUGUUCUGUCCAGAAACCUAAAGAUAUUCACGGUAGGGAAAAUAUGUUGGCAAAUUUGACUGAUUAAAAUGUAUUGAUUUUUACACAAAAUGCGUCAUCAGCUUGCACUUUCACUGCAUGAGCAGCCAAUGGUAACUAAACUUUUACAACAAUAAAAAACAGAAAUGAUGGAUUAUACGAUGCUGUAUGAUUUCACUGUGCUUUGGGAAACGGUCAGCAGCAGUAAUGUAAACUAUCGGGCUGUAAUAAAUGAGCUAACGCAUGUAAAAACACUAGUUACAUACUUCUAUUGUGGUGAUGUCACUAUGUCGGAAGACAACAUGGAUUAUGAAUGAGCCUUAUUGAAAAUGCUGGUCUCCUUUCAGCCGCUAAAACAUGACCCUUUAACACACAGACGUGCAGGGCUGAUGCGUUGGACUAUAGCGAUGUUUGUGCAUGUUUUGGCCCUUUUUACUUCACAGUCCAGACCCCGUGAUAGGGCUUCAGGUCUCUAAAAGGGAGGUAUCGAUACUGUAGUAAGAUGAGUGGAAACUAAUGGCUGCUGAUGAAGCCGAGCUAAAGCACUUUGGAGUGCAUCGGCAGUAAUGCAAAGUGUUUGUGCCAUGAAUGAAUGAGCUGAAAGGUAUAAAAGCACUGGAUCUAAUAAUGACAAUAAUGACAUCAGUGCAGUCUGGCUGUGUGCCCCUGGCAGCAUGCAGUGUGUCUCUCUCACACACAAACACACACACACACACACACACACACACACACACACACACACACACACACACACAGGCUACCUGCCUCUGGGUUUCCUUUGACAGAGUUAAUUGUAUAUAAUACUGCACAUUGUUUAGUAUUCUAUGUUUGAUUUGCUGCUCUUCAUUCUAAACUUGCUAACCCU